UGCGGUGGAAUUAAAUAAGAACCUUCACAAGAUUAUUCUCGAAACUCCAACAAAUAGCUUGCCAUCAUCACAACCGCCACCAUAUUCGACGGUGUCUAUAUUACCAUCAGCACCUAACGGGAGUGCUUAUGUAGCCAACCUACUUCCUUCGAUAGAUGAGCAAGCGGAUCCCUUCGAUUAUCAAGCUACGGUUGAAGCUUUGGUACGACAAUUUGGAAAUGUGCAUGAGGAAACCAGAGUUGCAAGUUUGGACUGGCUCUUGAUGCUACAUAAAAAAUCACCAAAGAAG